UGGCCGAACUGGAAAAAUUCGAGUGCAGUCACUCAAAAUUGGCUUGAUGUCUCUUUCUAAGGGCCUCCUGGAAGAGAAGUACAGAUAUCUCUUCAAGGAAGUGGCCGGCCCCACGGAAAUGUGUGAUCAGAGGCAGUUGGGCCUGCUGCUUCACGAUGCCAUCCAGAUCCCCCGGCAGCUGGGAGAGGUGGCAGCCUUUGGUGGCAGUAAUAUUGAACCCAGCGUGCGGAGCUGCUUCCAACAGAACCACAAUAAACCAGAAAUCACUGUAAAGCAAUUUAUAGAUUGGAUGCGGUUAGAGCCCCAGUCUAUGGUGUGGCUACCAGUUCUACACAGAGUUGCAGCUGCUGAAACAGCAAAACAUCAGGCCAAGUGCAACAUCUGCAAAGAGUGUCCAAUUGUUGGCUUCAGGUACCGAAGCUUGAAGCAUUUCAACUACGACGUCUGCCAGAGCUGCUUCUUCUCUGGCCGUACAGCAAAGGGGCAUAAAUUGCAUUACCCAAUGGUGGAGUAUUGCAUACCUACAACAUCUGGGGAAGAUGUACGGGACUUUACCAAGGUGCUGAAGAACAAGUUCCGGUCAAAGAAGUAUUUUGCAAAGCAUCCUCGACUUGGCUACUUACCUGUGCAAACGGUUCUGGAGGGUGACAACCUGGAAACUCCCAUCACUCUCAUCAGUAUGUGGCCAGAGCAAUAUGAUCCUUCCCAGUCUCCACAGCUUUUUCAUGAUGACACACACACCAGGAUAGAGCAGUAUGCUACAAGACUGGCCCAGAUGGAAAGGACCAAUGGCUCCUUCCUCACAGACAGCAGCUCCACCACGGGAAGUGUAGAAGAUGAACAUGCCCUUAUCCAGCAGUAUUGCCAGACCCUGGGAGGGGAGUCACCCGUGAGCCAGCCGCAGAGUCCUGCGCAGAUCCUCAAGUCGGUGGAGAAGGAGGAACGCGGAGAGCUGGAGCGCAUCAUCGCUGACCUGGAGGAAGAGCAAAGGAGUCUGCAGAUAGAAUAUGAGCAACUUAAGGAGCAACAUCUUCGGAGAGGAAUCAAUCCUCUUGCAUCACCCCCAGACUCUGUUGUGUCCCCUCAGCAUGCUGCUGAGGAUGCCGAGCUCAUUGCUGAAGCUAAACUCCUAAGGCAACACAAAGGACGCCUGGAAGCAAGGAUGCAAAUAUUGGAAGAUCACAAUAAACAACUGGAGUCCCAGCUUCACCGGCUACGGCAGCUGCUUGAGCAGCCCGAGCCAGACUCCAGGGUUAACGGCGCCUCUCCGUGUGCUUCGCCCCAGCAUUCCGUGCUCGGCUACCCGCUGGAUCAAGAGACCAGCUCACAGUUUCAUCAGACAGAUGAUUUGCUAGCCCCUCCUCAUGAUACCAGUACAGAUCUAACAGAUGUUAUGGAGCAAAUCAACAGCACAUUUCCAGCUUGCUGCUCAAGUUUCCCUGGCAGAUCACAGGCAAUGUGAAGUGUUCCUUUGGACAGCACCCCGUGCUUCCUAACGUGCAGCACAGCCCUUUUCUACAACGCACCCAUCGCAAGUUCCGCUUCAUCAGAGGCUGCAUGGGACCUUGGAACAUGCUGCUCAGCUUUGACUGCGUGUUCUACUUGAAACAGUAAAACACUGAACACCCAAAGAUGAGGAUGUUGUUUUUAUAGCAUUAUUUUCUUCUUUCUUCUUCUUCUUCCCUUUCUAUGCAACUGUAAAUUAAUGAGCAGUGGAGUAUUUGUCACUGAUUUGUAUAAAUAUACAGCCGCGGGAAAAGGGGCAAGGGCUUUAUAUACGUUCUUUUGAUAAUCGUAAAGAGAUCUGCAUAAGGAGUUUGGAGCAAAAUGUUACAUAUAAACAUUCCUUUCAGCUCUUUGCUUUUACGUUGUAAAAUACCCUCAGUUACCUUCUGGCACAUUUAAUAUUCUAUACUGAUUAUUUAUAUGUUAAACAUCUAACUACACAGAUUUCUGAAGGCUCUUGAAUUGUUUUCAGGAUUGGCAAAUGAAGUUCCCGUAACUUGCAGUAUUCUUGCUGUUCAACAAAAGUUGCCAUUGGGUGAAAGCUACAGU